GUUUAGAGGGUCAAGCUGGGGAGAAGAAGAGAGAACGAGAUGGUGAGAAAGAAGUGCGCUGAAUUCUGUGGAUGAGGGAGCCAUGGCGAGUAUAUCCGAUCGUGGAAUGUGAAACAUCCGCGCCGGAUGUUACGUUAUGAGUGCGGAUGUUAACUGGAGCAGUGCUCGACCUUACAUCCGCAUUUCUCUGCAGAUCGAUCACUAUGAUGAUCAGGGCCGCUGGCCUGGGAUAGCCAAACCAGGUCAGUCGAUGUGGCGAAGUCACACGGAGACGGAAAAGAAGGACGUCCUCUCCCACCGUCCUCUCGCGCGACAGCAAUGCAGAAUUAGGCAGAGCGCGAAAUGAGAGGAGGUGUCGAGGAAAUGCAACGGUGAACAAUGUAUGGUGGUGUCCGACCGGGAACUCGGUCAAGGUACCUAUCCACGGGGAGAAAGGAUGUCACCACAGCCACUCCGACGCCUGCGUGAUCGAUUCGGACCCGUACAUCUACGCUCUGGUCUCAUCAUGCCAAGCAGGUCCCUGAUCUUCGCCACAGCUCGUAAAGUAGGUCCCUGAUCUUCGCCACAGCUCGUAAAGCAGGUCCCUGAUCUUCGCCAAGGCUCGUAAAAGUGUAGCGGGAGAGCAUGACAUGCCCGACGACGCCGCCGGUCUCGCCGCGGUUCUGCAAAUUCCGAUGAGAGGUGGGGAUGUUAUGGG